GGGCGGAGUCUGGGGGAGAGAAGCCAAGAAAAGGGGCUGCAGGACAUGGGGCCUCAGAGAUGUCUCCCCUGCCACCGCUGCUGCUUCUGCUGCUGAGCCUGGAGCCCCUGGGGGCCGCGCUGAUCCGGAUCCCUCUUCGCCGGGCACAAGGAGCCCCGAACCCACUGCGGGAAUGGGGGCAGCCAGGAGAGCCCCCCAGGAUGGGGGCUCCAUCCCCUGGGGACAAGCUCAUCUCGGUGCCUCUCUCCAACUACAUCAACGUCCAGUACUAUGGGGACAUUGGGCUGGGGACGCCCCCACAGAUCUUCUCUGUCGUCUUUGACACGGGCUCCUCCAAUCUCUGGGUGCCGUCCAGGAGAUGCCAUUUCUUCAGCCUGCCCUGCUGGUUCCACCACCGCUUCAACCCCAAAGCUUCCAGCUCCUUCAAGCCCAAUGGAACCAAGUUUGCCAUUCAGUACGGGACCGGGAGGCUGAGUGGCAUCCUGAGUGAGGACAAGCUGACAAUCGGAGGAAUCUCCGGAGCAUCUGUGAUGUUCGGGGAGGCUCUGUGGGAGCCCAGCCUGGUCUUCACUUUUGCCAAAUUUGAUGGAAUAUUGGGCCUCGGUUUCCCCAUUCUGGCCGUGGGAGGAGUCCGGCCCCCGCUGGAUGCCCUGGUGGAUCAGGGACUCCUGGACAAGCCUGUCUUCUCUUUCUACCUCAACAGGGACCCCGAGGCAGCCAGCGGAGGGGAGCUGGUUCUGGGAGGCGUGGACCCCGCGCACUACGUCCCCCCACUCACCUUCCUGCCGGUCACCUUGCCUGCCUACUGGCAGAUCUCCAUGGAGCGGGUGACGGCGGGCCCGGGGCUGACCUUCUGCCCCCACGGCUGCGCUGCCAUCCUGGACACAGGCACAUCCCUCAUCACAGGGCCCAGCGAGGACAUCCGGGCUCUCAACAGAGCCCUUGGGGGCAUCCCCCUGCUGGCUGGAGAGUACCUCAUUGAGUGCUCCUCAGUCCCCAAACUCCCCACCGUCUCCUUCCUCCUGGGGGGGACCUGGUUUAACCUCACAGCCCAAGACUACGUCAUCCAGAUUGUUCGCGGUGGCGUCCGCCUCUGCGUGUCCGGCUUCUUGGCUCUGGACGUGCCCCCGCCGGCAGGGCCCCUCUGGAUCCUCGGGGACGUCUUCCUGGGCGCCUACGUCGCUGUCUUCGACCGCGGGGACCCCAGGGGCGGCGCCCGCGUGGGCCUGGCGCGCGCUCGAGCUCGGGGGGCGGGGGGCGGCUCCGCGCAGGCGCAGUUCCCCGGGGGGCGGCCGGGCUAGGCGCCUGCGCAACGAGAUGGAGGGCAACUCCGGCUACUCAGUAAAGAUCCAGUCUCCCGCAAACUCUCCUCGGCCCUCUUUUAUUUUUAUUUUUAUUUUUAUUUUUAUAAAUCACACACUUCUUAGUGAGAAGCAUGAGGGUUGAACCCUGGAGUCCAGGAAGGAGAGGGUGGCAUUGCUUUCCUGCCGGGUUCAUGCACGCGCGGGGUGCGGUGCUUCUACUACAAAUCCCAUGAAGCCCCUC